UGGAUGGAUCAGUUUAUACUUUCACUUCUUUUAUUUUUAAAUUUUUAUGACAGAAAAUAUUCCUUGAAUAGAAUCUUGAAUGUUUACUUUGGUUAUUCUUAUGUUGAGGUGGCUCCAUGUUUGUGGUGGACGAGGGGGCCUCAGCCUGUCUCUGUGGGGGGGUUCUUGGGGCCUCGGACCCCGACAGCCCACCGGACCAGCUGACCUUUCACCUGGAGACACUCCCCCUGCACGGCUUCCUGGAGAACACGCUGCCAACGCCCGGCUCUGAGAAGAGCAAUGCAGGAGUCCGAGUUGAAUCCUUCAGUCUCGUCCACCUGACCUCCGGUUUCAUCAACUACGUCCAAUCAGAAAGCAAAGGGGCGGAGCCAACUGUCGACCAGCUGUCCAUCAGUGUGAGUGACGGGCUGCAUCACUCCGCCCCCGUCCCCUUUUACGUCAUCAUCAAUCCAACCAAUGAUGAGACACCUUCACUGCAGCUCGCCAACUUCACCGUGAAGGAGGGCGGGAUGAGGGAGCUGACCCCCUCCAUACUGAACGCUUUCGACCUUGACGCCCCUCCGGACAUCCUGACCUUCACCGUGGAGCGACCGCCUGCUCACGGCAGCCUGAUAAACGCCAUCUACGGCGCCGAGAUGAGCCGCUACGAGGAGACGGGAGCCGACCUCCUGCAGAGGAGCCUCCCCGUCACCUCCUUCACCCUGCAGGAGCUCCGACAAGGCAUGAAGAUCGUGUACAUGCACGAUGACACAGAAACCCUGAAGGACGCCGUGGCUCUGCGGCUGACAGAUGGCGUCCACGCGGUGCGGGGGACGGCUCAGGUCACCGUGCUGCCGGUCAACGACGAGAAGCCCCGACUGCUCAAGAACGCAGGCUUGCAGGUGGACUCAGGUGAGCGCAGGGUGAUCUCCAAUGUGGUCCUAGAGGCCGCAGACCUGGACACGCCCCCAAACCAGGUGUUCUACUUCCUCAACGCUGCACCGCGCUUUGGUAAACUCCAGUUCAAGACAGAGUCCGGUUGGAGCGAGCUGUCGGCCGGUCACAACUUCACGCAGGACGCCGUGGAGAUGAACCGUCUGUGGUACGCACACACCGCCGCCGCCAAUGCCGCCGGAUUCAAAGGUCAUGACAGCUUCCGCUUCACCCUCAGCGACCUGGACAACGAGAGCCCGGCGCAGAGCUUCUUCAUAUCUGUCCACACUGUGCAGAAAGGUGACUUGGUGCUGCUGAGCAAGGCGGUGCGUCUGUCGGAGGGUCAGCGAGUCGUCCUGAACACCGACAUCCUGCUGGCGUCAGACUCGUCAGGUCGUCCAGAGGAGCUGGUCUACACCGUGUCCGUCCCGCCUCGACACGGCCUGGUCCACGCGGUCCAUCAGCCCGGGGUCCCGCUGGUCUCCUUCACACAGCUGGACGUCGCCGCUCACCGAGUGUGUUACACCCACGACAACAGCCACCACGCAGACGCCGACUCCUUCAGUUUCGUCGUCACAAACGGCGACUCGUCCCGCAGCGGCACCCUCCACUUCACCAUCAAGCACGGCGACCGCAUCCCGCCGACCCUCCACCAUAACACGGGCCUGCAGCUCCAGGACAGCUCCACGCAGACCAUCACGGCCGAGCAGCUGCAGCUCACCGACCCGGACGGCGCCGCCAACCUGAGCUUCAUCGUCACGCAGCCGCCGCAGUACGGUAAACUGCUGCUGGGAGGAGUCCCGAUGUCGUCGCCGCUCAGGUUCACCCAGACGGACGUGGACGAGCUGAAGGUGGCGUACAGGCACGACCCGAGCAGCCCCGCAGAGAUCGACAGGUUCUACUUCCUGGCGACGGACGGGAGCAACAGAGGAUACCUGGAGUUUGGGCAGCUGAAGGAGGAGCCGGCUGUUUUUAACGUUCAGGUGCAACGCGUGGACCGGACGCCUCCCAGUCUGACCACCAGGAGGAGCCCCAGCACCGUGGUGGACCUGGGCGGCGGUCGAUACGGCGUCUUCAUCACCUCCAAACACCUGCAGGCCUCGGACCCCGACAGCCCCGCGGAGGAGCUGGAGUUCUCCAUCACCAGACCGCCUCACUUCGGAUACCUGGAGAACGCUGUCACAGGAGCUUACAUUAAAGGUCGUUUCACGCAGCGGGACGUGGACCAGCGUGCCGUCGUGUUCGUCCUCCCCGUCGAUAUGGAGGUGACGGCCGACAGCUUCGAGUUCCGCCUCAUUGACCCGGCAGGAAACAUGGCGCUGCCCGAGAUACUGGACCUGUCCUGGUCUCGGGUGGAGUUGUCGGUGACCUGCUACCGAACCUGUGAGACGGCGGGGACGCUUCAGAUCCAAAUCCAACGCAGCGGAAAGAGCGUCGACCCGGCGUACAUAGCUAUCCAGGUGGAGGAGGGAUCGGCCAAACCCGGCAGAGAUUUCACCCACAGCACAGCCGCUCUCAUCCAGUUUGACCCAGGAGUCAGCGUGAAAACCUGGAACAUCUACCUGAUAGACGACGGUCUGGAGGAAAAUCACGAGACUUUCACUGUCACCCUGAAAAAUCCGAAAAACGCCGUCCUGGGACAGAGGACCUCCGCCAGGGUUGAGAUCAUCGACCCCAGAGGAGGACGGUGCGAUCCAGACGACCUGAGGGUGGAGGAGGAGGAGAAGCGGCUCCCUCCUCCUCGCCUCCCUGAUCCCCCCAGGCUGAGGGAGGAAGAGGACCCUGUCACAGACAUCGAGGCAGAGCUGCUGUGGGAGAACCAGCCUCACCCUCCUCGAGGAGACGUCCCAAACCGCCGGCCCUACCUGGACUAUGGAGAGGGAGAACCCCAGGACCAGGCGGCCGGUUACACCCACAUCCACCCCCAAAGCAGGCAGCAGCCAGGGACCGGGAACACCGGACACAGGGUCAGAGAAGGAGGAUUAAAGGUCCAUCUGUCAGGAGAGAGGAGGUCUGAGGAGAAGGUGUGGACGUUCCACAGUAUGACUCCUCUCCGGCUGGAGGAGCUGAAGCCGGGUGAUGUCGGGUGGAGUCGCUGGUCUCACAGUCGCCUCCUGCAGGAGCUCCCGGUUGGUGACCCUCCUCAGAUGGAUCAUCCAGAACCCAGAAACCAGCCAGAGCUACGCCAGCGCAAGACGGGGAAGUCGGUCACCAGCUCGUGUCCCGACGGUUGGACUCACUACAGGAGACGCUGCUACGUGGUCAGCACGUCUGUGGCGAGCUGGGGCAGUGCAGAGAGGACCUGCUCACUGCUAUUUAACAGCAGCCUGACCAGCGUGCGCUCCAGAAGAGACAUGACCUGGCUGUGGAAGUUUGCAGGGAGGAAGCCAUUUUGGAUCGGUCUGUCUGGAGGUCCCGGUCGCUGGAUGUGGGCUGACGGUCGCUCUGUGUCCUUCUCCAGACUGAGGGGGGCGCCGCCGGGCAGCAGUGAGUCCGACGUAGGCUCUGACUGCGUGCUGGUCGAAACGCCCCGAAGCUGGAUCUCCACGAGCUGCUCCCCUGAAACCCAGCACACGUUUAUCUGCUCCUCUUCGGCUCACACUCACUGAGACGCGCUCAGCUGAUUCACUGCUACCCGUCCGUACAACCUCUGUGAACAUGUUACAUAUUUAAUGACACGCUACGAUGCUGCUCUGUACAUUAGUUUAUAUUUUUGUCAUAAUAAAGAUUGAUGCACAACCCAAAAUGAGACUCUUUAUUUAAGAACUAAAGA